AUGUCUCGACCCGUGAAGAGCCACGCUCCGCCAUGGCCAGACACACCCAGGUGUUAUGGGAUCACUGGUCCGAUCAGUGAGGAUCUGCCCCACGAGGCUGAUUUGAUCCAGACCAGAAAACUGAUCGACAGUCUGAAGUCAUACGGUGUGUUCGAGGACGACUUGGAGCUGCAGCACAGAGAGAAGGUUGUGAGGAGGCUGGAGUUUCUCUAUAAGGAGUGGCUCAAAGAAAUGUGUUUUUCAUUGAACAUACCUGAAUCAGUCACUGAAAAUGUCGGAGGCAAGGUCUUUCCAUUUGGCUCCUAUUAUAUGGGAGCUCACUCCAAAGGUGCUGACAUUGACGCUCUUUGUGUCGGACCUGGAUUUCUGGAGAGGAAGGACUUCUUCACGUCCUUCUACGAGAAGCUGCGAGCCCAGCAGGAGGUCAAAGACAUACGGGUCAUUGAAGACGCGUUUGUCCCCGUCAUCAAACUGUCCUAUGAUGGGAUUGAGAUUGACCUCGUCUUCGCCCGCGUGGCGCAGAAGAGCAUCCCUGAAAAUCUCGACCUUCUGGACGACAAGCUGUUGCAGAACAUGGAUGAACACUGUGUCAGGAGCCUCAAUGGCUACAGGGUCACAGAAGAAAUCAUGCGUCUUGUGCCAAACAUUUUUAACUUCAGGCUGGCGCUGAGAGCCGUCAAGCUGUGGGCCAAACGCCGUAACAUUUACUCCAACAAGCUGGGCUUCUUGGGCGGGAUAUCCUGGGCCGUACUGGUGGCCAGAAUUUGUCAGGUGUACCCCAACGCUACAGUUUCCACCCUGGUGAUCAAAUUCUUCAAGGUCUACUCCAUGUGGGUGUGGCCCGUCCCGGUCCGCCUGAGGGUCGUGGAGAACCGCUGCUACGACCUUCCUUUCUGGGAUCCCACGGUUAAUCUGAACGACCGCUGCCACAUCAUGCCCAUCAUCACCCCGGCGUACCCGCAGCAGAACACGUCGUUCAACGUGUCUCCGUCCACCUCAACCAUCAUCACAGCGGAGAUCGAGCGCGGCCUCGCCGUCGCUCAGGAAAUACAGCAGGAGGAGGCGAACUGGUCCAAACUCUUUGAAAAGCCAAACUUUUUUGAGAAUUACCAGCAUUACGUUCUGCUGCGAGCGAGUUCGGCCUCGGAGGAGCAGCAUCGUGAGUGGGUCGGCACUGUCGAGUCAAAGAUCAGACUCCUGGUGGGAAUCCUGGAGAGAAAUGUCCAUGUUUCACUGGCUCAUGUUCAUCUACAGCCUUUCCAUGGACCCGGGAAGGACAACAACAAAGAGGGAGUGAUCACAACCUGGAUGAUCGGACUUUCUUUGGUCUUUAAUACAGACGGGUCUAAAAACCAGAAAAUAGACCUGACCCCCGACCUCCUUUCCUUCACUGAAACUAUCUACAGCCAGGCAGAGAGCUGUAGGACGUAUGAAGAGGGGAUGACCGUAUCCGCCACGUACGGCAGCAGGGAGAACCUCAGCUGGGAGAUGCCAAACGGCGACCGCAAAAGGCUUUUCAGUCCAAAACCGAGCCACCGACUCUCCGCCACAGCGCCACCUCGUCACGCUCCACCUGCCGGCCGGGGCCAGCCGGGCGUGAAGAGAAAAGGCCGGCCUCAGUCUGAGACGCCGGCCAAGAGAGCGAAAGCCGACGAGGAGUCGGUGUCUGUGACAGAAGCGUCCACAUCCUGCAGACCCACCUCCGCCUGCAGGAUUUCACCGGCCAGCCGCGGCUGCUGUUCUCUAAGUUCAGACACUUCACCUGAGAAGAUGAAACGUGACGAGGAGCUCACCCGCUCUGAGGAGUCUCCUUCAGGUGUCUCCCUCAGUCAGAGUCCGUCUCCCAGUGUGAGCCCACCACGCCACGAGAGACCUGGCACCCCCGAGCUCCGGACGCCCAACAAGAAAUUCAAAUACGACCCGAGUCAGCCCGCUGUGGAGCUCUCUGACCAGCUUCCUGCUCCAACCACGCCCGUGACCUUUGUGAAAAACGCCAUCCAACUGCAACUGCUCAGGCGUAACUGA